CGGCAGUUUUAUACGAGAUUCACCAAGUAUGAUCUGUUUGCUUCUUAUGCACGUGCAUUAAGAAAAUGGUACAAAAAUCUGCAAAGUUUCGCAGUAAAUUGAGGAAGGCUGCCGUGACUGGACCCAAAACUCUAUCAGAUGUCUCAUGGAAACAGGUGAAACUUAGCGGUCCAGUAAUAUCAGACGAUGGUGCCGAUCUAGCUGGAUUAAUUGGACUAGAGAUUUUGGAAAGCUACGAUAAAACUCUGGUUACAAAAGAGAAGAGAAAGAAACUCACGAAAGAUCCCAUAUUAAGCGACGAUGACGACGAACAAGAUUUACCUAAAGAACAGAAUACGAAGCGCCGAAAAAUUGAUUUGGAAAGUGAUAGCGAUGAUGACAAAGGCAAGUGUCGCAAAGCAAAGAAAAAGGUGAAUCAAGUCAAAAUGUCGGAAGAGGAUUUUGAUAGUAAAAUCUUAAUCCGAAAGCUAGUUAAUGAGAGCGACAACUGUGAGAAUGCUUCAAGUCCUGGCAGGUUUGUUUUAUUGAAAAAAAUUGGGAAUGAAAGAAAUGAACAAAAACCGGCAAAGAAAAAAAGCAAUAAGAAAAAAAUCAGUGAAACAGCGGAUAAUGACAGAAAAAACAGUAAGAAUUUCUCUUCCGUAGAAUAUUUUAAAUGGACUGAACUUGGCGUUACUGAGCCGAUUGUUCAUGCUCUCGCCGACAAAUGUUUUCGUAACCCAACAGAAAUUCAAACUCUGUCAAUACCCGCUGCUGUCAUGGGUAAACGGGACCUGCUCGGUGCAGCAGAAACAGGAAGUGGUAAAACUUUGGCGUUUGGGAUUCCUCUGUUAGAAGGAAUUCUUAAAUUGAAAGCAUCCGGAAAGGAAGAACCACUUUUGAAACCGAACAACGAAAAAAACUGCCGCAGCAAGGACAGCGAAGAGCACGAACUAACGCCACCACCUGAAGAAAUGGAAUACUAUCCAGAACUAGAUGGUGUUACUGCAAAAUUAAAUAAACCACAGGACAUGGGCAAACCCCUAUAUGCUUUGAUUUUAACUCCGACACGAGAGCUUGCCGUCCAAGUCCAUAAUCACCUGAAAACUGUCGCCAAGUACACAGAUAUUAAAAUGGCCACUGUGUUUGGUGGGUUGGCGGCUGUGAAGCAAGAGAGAAUGCUGAAAAAAUGUCCUGAAAUAGUGAUCGCAACUCCUGGUCGUCUUUGGGAGCUCAUACAAAGCGGAAAUUCGCAUCUUAGUAAAGUUUGUACAAUUCGCUUUCUUGUAAUCGACGAAACCGAUCGUAUGCUCGAAAAAGGACACUUUGAUGAACUGAAACAAUUACUGGAAAUGAUCAACCAAAACCAAGAAGCCAAGCAGCGCAGGCAAAAUUUUGUGUUUUCUGCUACACUUACCUUCGAUCAUGAUUUACCUGAACACAUGAUCGCGAAAGCUAAAAAGAACAACAAAUCAAGCAAUUUAAAGGAAACACCUGGCCAGCGGUUAAAUAAUCUUGUACAGAUAAUUGGAAUGACAAAUCCUAAGGUGGUGGAUAUUACACAGCAACAUGGUACCGCCCACAGUCUUAUCGAAUCAAGGAUUUUGUGUAAAUCAGAUCAAAAAGAUUUUUACCUAUUUUAUUUCCUCAAGAGACAUCCGGGACGGACAUUAGUCUUUUGUAACUCGAUUGAUUGUGUUAAAAGAUUGGUGUCACUUUUCGGAUAUCUGAAUUGUGAUCCCCUUAGUCUAUUUGGAUCAAUGCAGCAGCGGCAACGGUUGAAAAAUCUCGAACGAUUCACUCAGAAUUCAGCAGCUCUGCUGAUAGCAACAGAUGUCGCAGCUCGCGGUCUGGACAUUCCUAAUGUAGACCACGUGAUUCACUACCAGGUGCCUAGAACAACUGAAAACUAUGUUCAUCGCUCGGGAAGAACGGCUCGUGCUAGCAAGGAAGGCAUCACAGUUCUAUUCAUCGGCGCAGAUGAAGUGAAGGAUUAUGUCAAGCUCAACCAGUCUUUGGGCAGAACGGAAGAUUUGCCUAUGUAUCCAACGUCAGAGAGAAUGAUGAAGCAGAUCAGACAGCGAGUUAAUCUGGCAAGAGAUAUCGAACGAAUGGAUUUGCAUCAGCGGAGAAACAACGAGAGCCAAAACUGGGAGGAUAAGGUGGCGAAAGAGUUCAUGAGUGAUUCUGAUUUGGAUAGCGAGCAGGAAGAAGAACGUAAACUGUUGAAGAGUAAAGAAAAGCGACAAAUGAAGGCCAGGCGAUUAGAGUUAAGUCGUCUACUCGCCACACCAAUUGUGAUGGAUCGAGUAGAAAUGAAAUUUCCUGCAUCGACUACAAUUGAUCUUCCUGUCGAGAAAGAACAGUCAGCGAUUACCCUGGUUAGGAAGGUAGUACAGGAGAACAUCAAAUUUAAAAAACAAAGAAACAAGAAGAGGAAGUUUAGCGACUAAUUGUAUCAAAAAUAAUAUGUAUAAUUAUUUUGUUAAAAUAAAUAUCAAAACAGUCGAAAAUGUC